UGGAUCAAUUUGGGACAAAGAAUGAAAAGCAAAAUUGUUGGUACUUUACUUUGAUUGAAGUGGAAGUAUCCGUACGGAAGUGGGUUGAAGUUGCGCCUAAAAAUCCAAAGAUUUGGUGAUGAGAUGAGUUGGUGUGCCAUUGCUUCCCGUUUCUGACUUCAAUCGCCGGAAAAGGGGCAACAAGUCCUGUGCGUACUCUUUGCGGAAUCAGCGUCAGAUUAGAAGGGAUCUAUCUCCCAUUCAAUUUCAUCUACAAAACCUAAUUUCAAUCUUCUUCAUCCGUGUUAUGUAGCUAAAUAACACAUAUACAUACAUAUGAUGAAGCCAUGUUUUGGGACUCCAGGGAUCACCAGUGGCCUUGUCUUGAGGAUUUUUCAGUUUUUAUGUGCUGCUGCUUCUAUCGCAGUCAUGGCUGCUUCUUCUGGUUUCUCUAGCGCCACUUCCUUUUGCUAUCUAAUUGCGGCAAUGGGACUAGAAGUUUUGUGGAGUUUGGGACUUGCCUGUCUUGAUAUUCAUGCUCUAUGGGUAAAGAAAGAUCUGCAGAGUCAAAUCUUACUAAGUCUUGUCGUUGUUGGCGAUUGGGUAACGGCAAUCCUAGCGCUUGCAGCGUCAUCAUCGUCGGCUGGAGUGAUGGUUCUGUUUGUAAGAGACUCGGAGCUGUGCAAGUUGGAACCCAUUCUUUCGUGUAGUAUGUAUCAGAUAUCCAUAGGUUUGGCUUUCGGGGCAUGGUUUUGGCUCGCCAUCUCUUCUCACACGGUACUUUGGUUGUUGGCCUCCCUUUCUUGAAUUUGUGUCAACUGUAAAUAUGAUCAUAUUUUGACCUAAAACUGGGUUGGUUUUCUAUGUUUUUGUACAAGUAGAAAGGGUUAAUUACUAAGAAUUCAAAUCAUUUGCUUAC